CACACGCACUUCCCUUCUUCCCUCCACCGAGCCAGCACCCUAACCCGAGGCCAACCUCCGCCAUGACCGACCAGUCCGCCUUCCACACCGAUGUGUGGACCUUGACCCGUUUCGUCAUGGAGACGGGUCGCCAGGCGAAGGGGGCCACCGGCGAACUGACCCAGCUCAUCAACGCCAUGCUGACCGCCAUCAAAGCCAUCUCCUCCGCCGUGCGCAAGGCCGGCCUGGCCCACUUACAGGGCAUGGCGGGCUGCGUCAACGUGACGGGGGACGACGUGAAGAAGCUGGACGUGCUGUCCAACGACCUGGUGGUCAACAUGCUGCGGGCCUCCUACGGUACCUGCUGCAUGGUCUCUGAGGAGAACAAGGAGCUGAUCAUCACGCCUAAAGACAAGCGGGGAAAGUACGUGGUGUGCUUUGACCCCCUGGAUGGAUCCAGCAACAUCGACUGUUUGGCCUCCAUUGGAACCAUAUUUGCUAUCUACAAGCGGGUGUCAGAGGGCGAGCCCAUGGACGAGGACGCCCUGCAGCCGGGUGACAACAUCGUGUGCGCCGGCUACGCCCUCUAUGGCAGCGCCUCCCUAGUGGCCCUCAGCACCGGGGACGGCCUCAACUUCUUCAUGCUGGACCCGGCCAUUGGAGAGUUCAUCCUGACCGAGAGGAACGUCAGGAUCAAACCCAGAGGAAAGAUCUACAGCGUCAACGAAGGCUACGCCAAGUACUUCCACGCCUCCGUCAACGACUACAUCCAGCACAAGAAGCACCCUGAGGAUGGCAGCUCCCCGUACGGCGCCCGCUAUGUGGGCUCCAUGGUGUCCGACGUCCACCGCACCAUCACCUACGGGGGCAUCUUCAUGUACCCGGCCAAUGAGAAGAACCCAGAAGGAAAGUUGCGGCUGCUGUACGAGUGCAACCCCAUCGCAUUCCUGGUGGAGCAGGCUGGAGGCCUCGCCACCACGGGCAUGCAGAGGGUCCUGGAUGUGCGGCCGCAGGCCCUCCAUCAGCGGGUGCCCUUCGUCGUUGGCUCCCCGGACGACGUCAACGAGUACUUGUCCUUCGUCAGGAAGUACCAGUAACGCUGCACUCUUGGAAUGACAUUUUGCCCAAUUCAUUUUUUGGCAACUUUAUUCACACGGCAAGUAGUGACAAUGACAAUGCAGUAAAAACUACAUUUCAUAUGCCUUCUGCUGCAGUUCUCCAGAAAGAGGAAGUCAGUUAGCGAAGGUGCUUUCACGCUAACCAUACGCAACUCCAGUGAUUAAAAAUACGUAAACUGUGACUUACCGAACGCGUCAUCAGUUUGCAUGUAGGUGGCUUUCAUGUCUUCAUUCAUCUUGUCAGCGUGUGAAUGCCUCUUUAAGUGUACUUUAGCUUGCUAUCUUGUCCGUUUCAUUAAGAGGUACCACUCAAGUGCUGCGUAUUUUGCUGUCUUAUCUACGACAUUUUGCGCACACUUCUGACCAAGUGGAGAAGCGACAAUUGUCACGUAGCUUGUUUUGACGCAUUGAGGUGCGCUUGGAAUAUUUAACGAUGGUGAUUUCUGAGCUUAAAUUGGGAUAUGUCGUUGUUUUUUUUUUAAAUAUACUUUGUACUGAAAUAGUGUUUUAAUCCGUCUCCUUUGGGGGCAGGGUUUUUAAGGGAAAGCUAAGACUCUUAAGAAUGUUAAAUUCAUAAAGCAACACCUUUGCCACACGA